GUUGGUCUUCUUCUUUCCACUUUCUCUCCAAGCACCCGAGUUUACUGAUGGCAAAAGGACCACACGACACAGAGUACAAGUCUCGCUCUGGUACGAGACAGCCCGCAUCGCUCAGCAUUGAACGGUGACCGCAAUGCGUCCCCCACAGAAGCACUCAACAAUAAAGUGUCGCAAGAGCCGGCGUGAUGGGACACAGAAUCAUUGGUUCAGUCUGCAUAAAGCUCCAUUGUCGUUGGCCUCCCUGAUUGUACCCGUUCCAAUUGAAACACAAUCGGUUUGGAAGCCAUGUACAGUAUACGAAACGGGGGCCAACAUGCGCACGACAACUAACUUCCGUCUGCUCUAUCAUACCAAGCUGGGGAGGCGUCAAGGCAGGCCUAGUCUUGCUGCACGUGGGACGAUCGUAUGCCUAACACGAUUCAUGCGUCCUGUCGCUCACAUCUUUUGCCCUAUCGCGCAUCGGUCAAUGGACCAACUUCAUGUUCAAGGGGCGACAUGGGUAUAUGUCCCCAACACUCAGCUCAAGACGCACUUGGACGGCAUCUGGACGGUCCUUGUUGUCUCAUCUUUCGUUCUCUAUGCAACCGAACGUUGCAAGGCUUUAAACUGGCCGAGGUGCCUGCGCAUCUCUACAUGUACUGCAAGUGCAUUGGGCACUCUGUGGUGAAGCGACACAAAUCAGGAGACGCACCGUACGUUUGAACAGGACGCGGUCCGAAUCUGUUCUCCCGUCGUCCGAUCAUUGCGGCUGUUUCGUUGUGGCAGGACGCCGAGGACAGUGCACUCACCCUUCCGUCGACAUGAUCGACAAGAGCAGUCCCAGUCGGGCAAUCCUCUAUAAACUCAUUCAAGUCAAGCCUGACGCUAAAAACGGGAGCUGAAGGGGCCGUCCCUCCAGAAUUGGAUGAGACAGACAUCGCUGCCAUCGCUCCAACACCAACAGUGCGAGGCUGCGGCGCGGCAGUUGAAGCAUAGACCAUCGUCCCGGUAGAUUGCGUGAUCACGGAACACCACAACCUCACAACCUUGGACCGCCCUCUCAUUCGACAGCCAUCCUGCAGGCAGCAGCCCUAGGGUGCAACGGGCUAGCCUCGCGCUGUCUGUAAUUGAACAAUUCCAAAAAGUAAAGUCCUCGCGGCCGGGCCUCGAUGCUGCUUGCUCUGCCGCGCCCGUGGCGUUGGUAGUUACCCGCGUCUGUCGUCGCUGCAUCCCCCCCAUGGCCAACAACGCCAGCAUGUCGCCAUUUUGGCUUCGAUAGAGCGAGGAGGAGGGCUUGUAGAUCGUGAUAAUUGAAAGACCACGCCAAAAGCGCGACAAUGCACCCGCUUCAUUUCGAGUCGUGCGGUCUGCCGUGGUGGUGCACUGCUGAAUACACAUAUAGUCCAAUGCACGAACGUCGACGAACAGGUCGAGACGGCGGUUCACUCUUCGCGAACGACUUGCUGGUCUUCAUUCGAAAGCUCUAUAGACACCGUAUACACAGCCAGACACGAUGAAGGUCUCUGCGCUUCUGCUCUCCUGCGCCGUCGGACCAGCUCUUGCCGCUCCUCGGCUGCAGGCAAGGGCCGAAGACAGGUUCACCGAAGGACAACCCAUCAGCAAGGCCGGGAAAGGCGGCCCCAUCAAUGGCGGCACAAACCACCAGCUGGACCUGCAAAACCCGGAUAACCUGGGCCGACAGUCGACGGACAACGGCAUCGUUCCGAAUCUGAAGUGGAGCUUCUCUGAUUCCAAGACGCGCCUUUUAAAGGGCGGUUGGGUUCGCGAGCAGGUGAUUCAGGAUCUGCCGCAGAGCCACGACAUUGCGGGUGCCCAGCAGCACCUGAAGAAGGGCGCUAUUCGCGAGCUCCAUUGGCACCGCGUUGCGGAGUGGGGCAUCGUCUACGCUGGCAAGGUGAAGCUCUCCGUCGUGGACGAGAACGGCGUAUACCAGGUCGAGGAGCUCAACUACGGCGACAUCUGGUACUUCCCCAAGGGCACGGCGCACACCAUUCAGGGCCUCGCGGACGAGAACGAAUUUCUCCUCGUCUUUGACGACGGCGAUUUCGACAAGGUCGGGACCACGUUCAACAUCGACGACUGGAUCGCCCACACCCCCAAGUCCGUCCUGGCCAAGAACUUUGGCGUCGACGAGUCCGUCUUCGAGAACGUGCCCUCGCCGAACCCAUACAUCACCAACGGGACCGUCAGCACCCGCAACGUGACCGAGACGCCCAGCACGCCCGUCGCCCGCGGCAACAGCUCCUUCGUCUACCGCACUCUUGAGCACAAGCCCGAGAAGAUUGGCGGAGACGGCGGCGAGUUCCACAAGAUUGACUCGACCAACUUUCCCAUCAGCAAGACCAUUGCGGCGACCUUUGUGACGCUCAAGCCUGGUGGUCUGCGCGAGCUGCACUGGCACCCAAACGCUGAGGAGUGGCUGUACUUCCACAAGGGCAAGGCCCAGGCCACCAUCUUCAUCGGCAAUGCCAACGCGCGCACCUUUGACUUUACCGCCGGUGACACGGCCGUCUUUCCCGACAACUCGGGACACUACAUCGAGAACACGUCCAAAGACGAGGACCUCAUCUGGGUCGAGAUCUACAAGUCGGACCGAGUCGCCGACAUUCCGCUCACGCAGUGGCUCGCCCUGACGCCCGCGGACCUCGUCGCCCAGACGCUCAAGGUGCCCAUUGAGUUUGUCGAGAAGCUCAAGAAGGACAAGCAGGUCCUCAUUGGGUGAUCGACGGCCACGCAGCGUAGCAUUUGCUGACAGCCGCGUUCGAUUGAAUUACUCGUGAGCGAUGUCAUGCGUCGACGACGCAGGGGUAGGCAGGCCGCGCACAUAAUUUUCAGGGUAAGGGUGGCAGAGCUCAGAGCGGCGGACUUGAGCUUUAUUAAUGGGUACUUAAUCGCCUUCUCGCAACUUAUAUAAUUUUUGCCGGCUCUUCAUUUCUAUUCGAUACAUUACGUGC